AUGGUAAGAGCUCCUUCCUAUGAUAAAAAUGGAAUCAAGAAAGGGGCAUGGAGUAAAGAAGAGGACGAGAGGUUAAGAGCUUAUAUUCAGAGAUAUGGUCAUUUUAAUUGGCGUCAACUCCCCAAGUUCGCAGGUUUAGCAAGGUGUGGGAAAAGUUGCAGACUUCGUUGGUUGAAUUACUUGAGGCCAGAUCUAAAACAUGGGAACUACACCCAAGAGGAAGUUGAAUUAAUCAUGAAAUUACACCAACAACUUGGAAAUAAAUGGUCCCAGAUUGCUGAAAAACUGCCUGGGAGAACGGACAAUGAGGUAAAGAACUAUUGGCAUAGCCACCUAAAAAAGUGCUUGAAGAGCAAAGAGAACACAACAUGUGAGUUGAAGUCGAAGCCAGGUAAUAGUCUUGAAGGAAAUGCGACUUGUAAGUUUGUAAGAUCUGAAAGCCCAGAUGCUGAUGUUGGUGAUGAUUUUCAUAACAUUUUCGAAAGCUCAUUGCCCAUGUCGACAGAAACUUCAGAAGGAGACAACGAUUCCCUUACCUCUAAUGUUGCACAAUCAACCAUGAACUGCUCCAGAGGAAAAGAAGAUUUUAGUGUUGCUCCAUGGGUAACAUUCGAAGAAUUUAGCGGCGAUUUUUGGACUGAACCAUUCGUCGCAGAAAAUACAUAUACUGAUGAGAUAUGUAGUGGUGAAAGCGGAGCCUUCUUGAUACCAAAUUUCUACGACGGUGCAUAUUUGUUGUAG